AUGAAGGAGCUGUUCAAGACUGCAUAUCAUCAAAAUAAAUGGCUGAACUUAGUUAAGCCUUAUACUGUGAAAGAAGGAUAUAACUGGCUAAAAGGUCCUCUUUUGAAGGUGGAUUGGUAUCAUUGGGUAUGGAAUAGUUAUAAUGUGCCAAAGCACUCAUUCAUUGCUUGGAUGUUGAUGCUAGGUAAGUUGAAAACUCGAGAAAGGUUAAAAGCUGCUGAAGUAGUGUCAGAAGAUAGAUGUGUGUUAUGCUAUGAUGAAGUUGAAACGAGUCAACACCUAUUCUUCAAUUGUCACUGGAGCAAAAUUGUGUGUAAAAAAAUCAUGCAAUGGAUGGGAAUCAGAAUGGGAACACAUGAAACAAUUUAUACUUCAUGGAGGAAGUGGGGAAUACAAUGCAGAUCAAGAAAUAGACAGAAGUCAUACUAUGCAGUAUUGACUGCAAUGGUGUAUCACCUAUGGAUGUACAGGAACCAUGCAUUUUGGUGCGAUGCUGUGAGAAGUCCUGAAAACAUUAUGCAAGAAAUUAAGUCUGAGAUUAGGCAUAGACUACAGGGAUGUGUAACAAUGAAGUGGACUAGGGAAGAUAGAAACUGGCUAUCUAAUAUAGUCAUAGAUGAAAAUGUAUAA